AUGGCCCAGUCAUUCAUUUGGGCAGGUUUGGUCAUCUUGCUGUUUCUUCAUAGCAGUUCUUCUUUCAAACUGGUCUGCUAUUUCACCAACUGGGCUCAGUACAGGCCAGAGAAGGGACGGUUCCUCCCUGAGAACAUUGACCCCAAAUUGUGCACUCAUCUCAUUUAUGCAUUUGCGGGAAUGGAUCAGAAUAGGAUCACCACAAUAGAGUGGAAUGAUGAGAAACUCUACAAGGAUUUCAAUAAUCUCAAACAAAAGAAUCCAGAACUGAAGACGCUUUUAGCUAUUGGUGGAUGGAACUUUGGGAGUGCAAAGUUCUCUGCCAUGGUAGCUACCCCUGCCAAUCGCCAGACAUUCAUUCAGUCCGUGAUGCCAUUUCUGCGGAACCACGGGUUCAAUGGCCUAGACCUAGAUUGGGAAUAUCCUGGAGCCAGAGGCAGCCCUGCAGCAGAUAAAGGACACUUUACAUCUUUAGUUCAGGAACUGGCGAGAGAAUUCCAGGCAGAAGCCCAGAGGUCUGGAAAGGAAAGGCUGCUCCUGACAGCUGCUGUGGCAGCUGGGAAGGAAACUGUUGACAAUGGCUAUGAAGUUGACAAGAUUUCACAAUCUCUGGACUUUAUUAAUCUCAUGACAUACGACUUCCAUGGAUCUUGGGAAAGAGUCACAGGACAUGUCAGUCCUCUGUAUCCUGACACAGAUAAUGCUGUGAAAUACUGGAUAAGCAAAGGGGCCCCCGCAGGCAAGAUUGUCAUGGGAAUUCCUGCCUAUGGAAAAACCUUCACCCUUUCUUCCUCACAAACUGGAGUCAAUGCUCCAGCAUCAGGAGCUGGGACAGCUGGAACUUACACAAGAGAGGCUGGAUUAUUGUCUUAUUAUGAGGUCUGUAUCUUUAAACAAGGGGCCACCACAAAAGUAAUUGAAGAACAGAAGGUUCCCUAUUCCUUCAAAGGAAACCAGUGGGUUGGUUAUGAUGAUGUGGACAGCAUUAAAAAGAAGGUUGCAUAUUUGAAGCAAAACCAUCUGGGAGGUGGCAUGGUUUGGGCCAUGGAUCUUGAUGACUUCAGUGGUUCCUUCUGCAAUCAAGGCACAUACCCACUUCUUCAGACUCUGAAGAGAGAGCUGGGCUCUUCAGGUCUGACUCCAAACCCGAAGCCUCCAGUUCCAAAUGAACCAUCAAGACCAGAUCCACCACAACCUGCUCUACCUGUAAGGAACGACUUUUGUUUCGACAAGGUUGACGGAAUCCACGCUGACUUAGAAGAUAACACGAAGUUCUAUAUGUGCUCCCACAAGAAUGCAUUCAGUAUGUCUUGCCCGGCAGGACUAAUCUUUGAUAAAUGGUGUAGUUGCUGCAAUUAUCCCCAGUGAAUUAUUCUCAUUCAGGAUAUAACUCCAAAUAUGGAUGCAUUCCAUUUUAAUGAGUGCUAAUUAACAUUUUCAUGUUUCGCUAUAUAAAACUCAGUAUCUUCAAGUGCUGACAUAUUUCUGCAAUUUUUAGCAUAUAAGAUGAAACUGUCAAAUGAUAUUUUUCAACAAAGAGCAAGGUGACAACAAAGAUAUUAGCAACUUGAGCAAAAUUACACCACUUAUUCUAGAACAAUAUGCAUUGCCAUGUAUUCUCUAUUCUUGUCUAUUAUUUUCUUUUAUUGAAAUUGUUCAGCUGUAACUCAUUUGAAAUCCCAGUAGUUAUUAAACACCUUUUGUUCUCUCCAGAUAGCAGGCCACACGGCUUGUGAAUUAACUGAAACAAUAGAUAUAAAAUGGUUUAUACAAAAAUAUGUGUUUCAAAAUUUUAUCUCCCUGUAUGGUUUAAUCAGAUUCCAUUGUGUUUUGAGAAAACAAAUUGAACCUGGAAACCAGAAGACCGAUAUUUCCUGUAAGCUUAAGUUUUUGUGGUAUCUUAAGGUGCUUACUGAAACAUUAUUCCUAUGUUAUGGGAUUACUAAAUACAUCACAUCUCUUAACACUAGAUGGUGCUGUACACUUCUCUUAGUAAUACUAUUUUAUUUGCAUCAGAUGAUUAUUCCUCUGAGUAGCUAAGUUUUCAAAAUGUGUGUUGAUUUGUAAUUCAUAGUGAUUUCAUACUUGUAUUCACUUCCUUUAAGCCAGUCUUCCUGUGACACAGAAGGCUUUCGCAGUUAGCAUCUCAAUCGUUGCUUGUGUAAGCUGUUACGUGG